GACAAAAACCACCCGAGCCACGGCCUGUUUACCCGGCUAUCAUCCAGCAGGCGAGGUCAUUUUUAAUGGAGGUCCAAGGGCAAUGGGCGGAGGUCUUCGAGGGCUCUGACAGACAAGAGGACUAUGGUGGGGAGGGUGAGCUGCUGGGUAGCUCCACAGUCACCUUGGCUCCUCUGGUGGCCAACCCUCCUCCCCCUCCCGUUCGCCGCUCCCAGCCCCUCGUCAUCCACAAGAGCAGAAUGAAUAGCGUGGGACUGUCCUCUGUUCCUUCUAUACCCAAUCCCUUUCCGGAGCUGUGCAGCCCCUCUCAAUCCCCAGUCCUGAUUGGCUCUCUCUCACCGCCAAGAAGUGACACCCAUCUGAUCAAGGUGUUCGGUGAGGACAGUCACAGUCGGUCCCUGUGGGUGAUACCCAGGGCCACAGCCAGGGACGUGUGCCAUUUGUUGGUGCAGACAGCCCAUUGUAGCGACCAGGAGAACUGGGCUCUGAUCGAGCUGCAUUCAGCCUUGGGCCUGGAACGAGUUCUGGAGGACCACGAGGUGGUGGUGGAGGUGCAGGCUGCCUGGCCCUCCGAGAGCGACACCAAGCUUCUGUUCCGCAAGAACUACGCCAAAUAUGAGUUCUUCAGGACACCUGUGCUGUUCUUCCCCAAGCACAUGAUCUCAGACAGUGCUGAUGUCACCAAGGGAAUGACCUCAGCGGAACUCAUCCAGAAUCUGCUGCAGUCGGGGACAUGUCCUGAGAUCCAGGGCUUCCUCCACGUCAGAGAGCCCAGCCGCAAAGCCUGGAAGAAGGUCUACUUCUUCCUCCGACGUUCAGGCCUCUACUGCUCCACCAAAGGCUCAUCAAAGGAGCCCCGUCACCUCCAGUACGUGGCUGACCUGGAAGACCUGAACGUCUACAGUAUCACCAACAGCCGCAAGCUCUACGGUGCCCCUGUGGACUUCACCUUCUGCGUCAAGCCCAGCAAAGACCGUAUUCGUGCGCAGGACUUGAAGUUGCUGUGUGCGGAGAACGAACAAACGCGCACCUGCUGGACCUCUGCAUUUCGACUAUUCAAGUAUGGGAGGCAGCUGCAUUGUAACUACCAGCUGUCCCAGUCAGCACCUCGUCUACAGGAGGUUGUGUCUCAGCGGUGUGACUCGGAGGCCAGCCUGGUCGCCAUGGACUUUUCAGGGAAGGCGGGGGGCCGGGUCAUCCAGAAUGCCUGGGAGGCCCAGAGCGCGGAGAGGGAGGAGGGACAGGCAUGGAGGAGGAGAGAAGCCUUGAGGUGCAGCCUACCCAACCUUACCCCGGGAUCUCAGCCCUCUUCCAUACACCGGACCCAGCUCUGGUUCCACGGUGGUGUGUCGCGAAAGCAGGCCCAGAGGCUGAUCGAGGAACAAGGAUUGGUGGAUGGGAUGUUCCUGAUUCGUGAGAGCCAGCAGCAUGCCCAGUGUUUUGUCCUCUCGUUGUGUUACAAGCUGAAGACCAAACACUACCUCGUCAUCCCUUGUGAGGAGGACGGUAGGAAGUACUACACCAUGGACGAUGGCCUCACCCUCUUCAUUGACYUACUGCAGCUGGUGGAGUUUCACCAGAUCAACAAAGGCAUCCUCCCUGUCUGCCUCAAACACCCCUGUGUCUGUGUCGCCCUCUGACCACUUGGUUAGGGACACCUCAUAUGACCCCAGGGACACCUCAUAUGACCACUGGGCUAGGUAUAUAUGCAAAGUAGUUCAAACGCUGUCAGUUUCACUGCGGCUAGCUAGCCGUAGACCGUGUCCUUCGCCCCCUGUGUUUCUGGCACUGUUUUCCAGGUGGCGAGGGCAGGUGUUUGGCAGGCGGGUGCGAACGACACUGUGUGCUGGUACACGGGAGGCGGGAGCAACACUAUUUGCUUGCUAACUAACAAGCUAGCUAGCACACUCCGGUCAGUGUCCUUCGCCCCCGCCUGUCGGGCAUUCAUGCAGGAACCAUUGGGGUGCUGGGGGGGGGGGCAUUCAUGAAAGAACCAAUGGGAUGCUCGAGGUGGGAACACCCUUAUUUGUGAGCUGCAGUUGCACACUUUUGAAAAGUUACAAAUAGCAGCUUGAAGUCACAUGCAGUAACUAGUGUGUAGGGGUCUAGACAUGGAUGGUCACAGCUAUACACCCCUAACAGAAGCUUUUAAAUCAUGUAUUUUUWAUUGAACCUGACUCAUUUGUAGUUUCAGACACACCCCCCCCCCCACAUUUUUUUUACGUUUUAAUUAAUUACUUGCAAUCCCUGUGAGGGUAAGUUUAAUUACGCAUUUUGCACAGCUUUAGGAUCUUAGAGCGCCAUCAUUUGUAGGAUUUUGUGCUGUAACCUAAAGAAUUUGACUUGCUAAAGGGCUUGUUCACUCCCUUGUGAAGCAAUACCUCUGUGGAUAGUUGGCUGGAUGGCUAUAACUGAGUAGAUUCUUCAAUUUUAGAAGGUAACAUUGUUUACGCACAUCCUUUCGGGGCUUAGGGAUAUACAUGUGGAAUAGAGCCCCUUUCAAUGUGUGGGUUAUACAGUGUGCAAGUUCCUGAGUGUACCACUAGGGAGCGCUCUUCGUACACAGGAUAGCAGAGCCAAAGAUGUGAGAGUUGAUUUGUCAUUGAGGAAUUGAUCAGGGGCUUACCCAGCGAGGUGUUGUGAAUCAGUUAGAAAUCAACUCUAUAGAGCUAUUGAAAAUCCAUAUUCUUCACAUUUAGGAAUUAUCAAGCCUUUUCUGCACAAUACAUUUCUAUCUGAAUGUUCUGUAUAAUUGCACCAUCUUGAAUAAGCCCCAGGAUUGGUGAAAUACUGUAGCUACUCAGAAUGCCUUCUGAAUGUUUUACAAUGAUGUGUAUAUGUAUGUUUUUAAUUAUUAUUUUAUAGUUCACUGUGUAUGGUUUUCAUACUAGGACACACUACUAGUAGGUGCCUUGUAAAUUCAUAUAAAACUAAGCACUCUUAAAUGCAUAUUUUUGCACAGUGUUGGUUGAGGGAACUAUUCUGAUGUCUUGUUUUUGUAGUUAGCUGAAAAAGAGAUGUGGGCUGUUCGUUCCUACCCUGCAUGUUCAUAGUGUGUACUUGCAUGUAUGGGAUUUCUAUCAAUGACAUCCUGCGACUUUUUUGAAAUCUUGCAGUUGCUCAUAGCGUUUUAUAUGAAUUAAGUGGUGUUCGAUGUGCGACGUAUACAUCUCAAGUUAUUCAACGCCCAAGGACGGUUUACGUUUGUGCCACGUUUUACUGUUUUUUUUCUUCUUCAUUGAAUUCAAUUGUAUUGUGUGAUAUGCAACAUGGCAAAUAUCUAUAUCUCUUUCGUAACUGUUUAAUAAAUAAUUGAUUUCUUA